CGUUGUCAGACUAGGUGCCGUAGAAAGUCUAUUUACAAUAACGAAAAUUGAGGUUUCAUAUGUAGAGUAAUUUCUAAAGCUAUGAUACAAGUAAUACAUACAUUUGUACCGAGUAUGAUAUCAAUUCAUUUUCAUUUAAUUUAAUAUUUAUACUUACUCCCACAAACUUAACACUCUCUAACUUGAUGUUAUCUUCUACUUUCACCAAACCUUGAACUUUUUCACCAUUUCUACUUCGUAAACAUAUGUACAUACAUAAACAUUUACGAUAUUGAGUAUAAUAUCAAAUUGGUUACAAGAAAUUCGAAAUGGGUUUUUGUCAAAAAAUUUUAGUGUCAAUCAUUUUUAUAAGCUUAUUACGUUUGGAAACAAAUCUUUGCGCAAAAAACAAUAGCAAAUUAGCAAUUGGAGAUAAAUCAGUAAAUUAUAAUUUUUUAAUAACCGGUGGUUAUCGCCCUAAGAAAGAUAGUUUAAGCAAAUAUGUUGUCUCCAUACGCGGAAAAUAUUAUCAAUAUUUUUUUGGUGAUGAUCAUUUCUGUGGGGGCUCCAUAAUCGCACCAAAAAUUAUUCUUACCGCUGCGCAUUGUCUUGUUGUUGGCACGAACGCAAUACCAUUGAACCCGUCAGAUAUAUCGGUCGUUGCUGGAACACCGAGGCGUUUAUUGAUCACUGAAACAACACAAGUGCUUAAAGUUGAUAAAAUCAAGAGACACGAAUUCUACAAUCCAGCCGAUUUCCACAAUGAUAUUGCCUUAAUAUUCUUGACAAAAAAUAUAUAUGAAGAUGGUGUUUCAACACAGAGAAUUGGUUUGCAAACCAAAAUAGUAUCUCCCCAAAUAAUAUGCACCGUGGUUGGAUGGGGUCGACUUUUUGUUAAUGGGCCAUCUCCAGAUUUAAUAUUACAUGUUGAUGUCUAUAUUUUGCCAAGCGACUAUUGUAAUUCUAAAACUGAUAACUUUGCUUUUGGCAUGAUGUGUGCUGGUGAUGAGAAUGAUUAUGAGAGAGAUGCGUGCAGUGGUGAUUCUGGUGGGCCGCUGAUAUGUGAUGAAAAGGUAACGGGUAUUGUAUCAUUUGGUUAUGGCUGUGGUGAACCCGGUUACCCUGGAUAUUAUACUAAUGUGACUUCAUAUAUUGAUUGGAUUCGCAAGAAUGGAUUCAGUCAAUUAAAACCCGAAAACCUAAUUUUGCUAAUUAUGUUGCAAAUUUGCAUAGUCAAAGGUGUAUGAAUAAAGAAUUAUCCAAAUGA